GACGCGUUUGUUUGAUCGUUAUUUCCUUGAUUAGAGAGCACGUCACAAAGUUAAGUAUUUUUAUUUUCGUAAUAAUCCGAUUUUCCGUCUUUAUUCUUAGUAGAAAGUACUGAUGCUCUGGGUAAUUGGCUGCCCCUAAACCGGCCCUGGUGAGAGCGGGAUAGAAAGAGAAAGAACGUACAACAAAGAUGGCGGAUAAGUGGGGACGGUGGAGGAGGCACAACGUAGGAGGAAGAGGACGAAGAGAUUGCAGAGUAGAAAGAGAAGAGGAGAAAAGAGGACAAGACUACAGGGUGCGAGAUUCGUUAAGAGGGGCAAAGGGAAGAGGUGAUGGGUAUAGAGGGGUAACGAAGAGAAGAGAUGAGAAAAGCCGAGAGGAGAGGUAGCGAGAAGAGAGAUAGACACGGCUCGAAAGGGACGAGUGCGGCUUGGGGGUUUGGGUUAGCUCGUUCGACCCGUUAUCCCUUCUCUCCCGGAGUUCCGAGUUCUCCCUACCUGUCCUUGCUUCGAUUCGAACGAGUCCCACCACUCUCUCCCCUCCGGGAGCGUACGAAAAGUUUCCCCUUCCAGAGAUACACUUCACCGGCUGGCGGGCGACGAUCGCAAUUGCAAACCGCCGCUUUUCGAGGUAGACUCGUUUCGUUCCCCUACUCUCUGUUCCCCACUAUGAGGCACACAGCGAUACUAGCCAGCGAGCCAUACUACGCUCCCGCCACGGUGACGUCACUCUGAGUAGUGUAGUGCAGUGAGAAGGAGCGAAGCCAGCUCCAUCCGCGUUACAUGGCCCAAGUGAACGAAGCGAGUGCGUUUAAGACGUACAUAUACAAGCGUGCAUUGUAGCGCGAUCAAGUUGACGAAAAUAUCAUUAAUUUGUUUGAUUAAUGCACGUUGUUGUGACACGACAAGUUUAUUCGAUCGCGAGAAAGAUAGAAAAAUUUGCGCUUCGCUUUUGCUGAAAAAAAUAUAUUCGACGUAUAAUUCCAUUAACGAAAUAUGAGAGCGGUGAUGAUAAUAAGCAGUGAUGUGAAAUAAGCGACUACACGAGUUAUAAAGUGAAGUAAGAGUAAAAAAGAAAUUGAAGUAAGGAAAAAAGGAAAAAAAAGUGUGUUCGUGUGCGCGGUAAAAAAAAGUUAUACCUUGUAAUAUUUAGUAGAAAGAAAAGGCAACGAUUCGUAAAUCGAUUGUUCUUUUUUUUAAGUGGGUAGUUUCCGCGAGAGUUUGAAAGCGUAUCCACAGCCUCUUCGUCGGUGUACGAGAGAAAAACGGGAGGCGUUCGAAAAUUUGCAGGCAAAUCAACGCGAGUGUGAAUAUGCUUGGCAAAUAUGCGUUGGGAUGUAUCGCCCGCGCAUUGUGCCCGGUGUGCUUGGUGUGACGUGUGAUUAAUCGCUUUUCUUCAUACGCGAUUCAGUGGUAUACGAUGUGGUGUUCGGCGACGGUCCUGAUCCUUCUAGCCGUUGCCAUCAGUGGUGUCCACUAUCGAGGCUCCUCCUCUUCUUCUUCGUGGUCGUCGUUGUCGUCAGCGUGCGUCGCGACGCAAAAAUUUUAUUGCGUGAGCUCUGUAACCACCCUCUUCUGUUGGCCGAUCGUUCCACGGCGCUGCCCUCACGACAGCACUCAUCGUGCUUGGGGUCACCACCUUCCGGCUAGUGACUAGUGAUAAUUUGUUUGUUGCCAGUGAUUAAAUUGGGAGUGUCGAAGUGGGAGGAAACUCCUUUCUUCGUCGUGGAAUACACGUAACGGUUUCUUCGUUUCUUGUCGCGUGUGUGUCGCGAGCUAUACAUGAGAAAGUUUCUUCUCGUGAAUUGAAUAAGAAAUAUCAUUUGUGUCAUAUCGAAUCUAUUAUUUACUUAUUGAUUUGUCGCGAAACAAGUAAACACCGAUUGAAAGAAACCCGGCAAAGAGAAAAGAAGUUUCUUUUAGCCGACCUGCUGGCGGUAUUGAAUAUCGGUGGUGUGGUGAGAGUGUGCCGUGAUUAGAGUCGGGCGAAGUUGUGUGUCGUUGUACAGUGCCGCCAAACGAUACCACAACAUCCGAUCCCAAAUGAAGAGUUCGGAGCAAAAUGGUUAGAGAGACACGUCACUUGUGGGUUGGAAAUCUGCCGGAAAACAUCCGAGAGGAUCGUAUACGAGAGCAUUUCAAACGAUAUGGACGCGUGCAGAGCGUCAAGUUGCUGCCGCGGGGCGAGGAAUGCCCCGUGGAUGGAGGUUCCGGUGGUUCCCUCGGAGAAGGUAACGAGGGUGGUUCCGGUUCCAAUUCUGGCAACGGUGGUGGUGGCGGGGGCAGCGGUUGUUCCUCAGGCAGCACAGGGGGUGCCUCCGCGACGGUGGCGUUCAUGGAUAUCAAGUCCGCAGCGAAGGCCCACGCGACUGAACAUACCUUGGACGAACGAGCCCUUACCACACAAUACUACGAACCACAGCAUCUUCAGCACAGGUUUCCCUCGCACGGAAGUUCGGAGGAUCACGGAUCCGGCGGGGUUAGCGGAGGAGGAGUUAGCGGAGUCGGAAGCGGCGGCGGCGGGAGUUCCGGGAUCGUCGGCGGGAGCGUUGGAAGCGGAGUCGGCGGCGGCGGCGGCGGUGGCGGCGGCGGUGGCGGUGGCGGCGGCGGCGGCAGCGGAGGAUCCGCAAAUGGAGGCGGCGGCGGCGUUGGAAGCGGAAUCGGAGGCGGCGGCGGCGGCGGCGGCGGCGGCGGUGGCGGUGGCGGCGGUGGCGGUGGCGGUGGCGGAGUUAACGAGAGAGGAGAGAGGGAGCGGGAGAGGGAGCGGGAGAGGGAGAGGGAUAGGGAGCGGGACAGGGAUCGAGACAGGGACAGGGAGAGGGAGAGGGAGCGGGAGAGGGAGAGGGAGAGGGAGAGGGGGGGCGAGGGCUUCGAGUCACGUGGCUCGCACGGCAGUUUCUACACGAGCGAGCGAACCGGCCGAGGGGUCGGGUCCGGGGGUGGUGUCGGCGGUGUCGGCGGCGGCGGCGGUGGCAUCGUCGUCGGCGGCCAUCCGGCGGAUCCUUCUCCCGGUGAUCCUGGCGGCUACAUACCCCGCGGCCGUCCACCUCCAGCGAGCUCUUACCACGUGACAUCGAGCAGGGCGAGGGAUCGGCUCUACUCGAGAACCGGCCCGUACGCCUCCGGGCCGCCGCCCCCGCCCCACUUAGAUCGUCAUCGCGGCGGAUUGCCGCCGUCCUCUUGGUCGGCCUACGAGUCGACCACCUCGAGGUACGGGAACGCACCUCCGCCACCCUCCCCUGCCAACAACGAUGCCUACCAGGACGAACAAGAUUACAUUCGUCGUGUUGUUCCACUAGGCGGCGGUGGAGGCGGCGGCAGCGGCGGCAGCGGUGCGCUGCGACAGCACAAAAAACAGCGCAGAAAAUCGCGAAGCGGAAGCAGCUCGCCGAGCGGCAGUAGCCGUUCAGGGAGCAGCAGCAGCAGCCGCAGCGGUAGUUCCGCCGCCAGCACUUCCGGGGCAAGCACGUCGCCCGGCAGCUCGCCCCACCGAGGCGGAAAUGCGGCCGUCACCGAGGACCGCAGGCCGCUCGCCAUUUGCGUGCGUAAUUUGCCGGCACGCAGCAGCGACACAUCCCUCAAGGACGGCCUGUUCCACGAGUACAAAAAGCACGGGAAAGUGACGUGGGUGAAGGUGGUGGGAGCAGCGGGGGAUCGUUACGCGUUGGUCUGCUUCAAGAAGCCCGAGGACGUGGAGAAGGCGCUCGAGGUUUCCCACGACAAGUUGUUCUUCGGAUGCAAGAUCGAGGUUGCCCCAUACCAGGGUUACGAUGUCGAGGACAACGAGUUCAGGCCUUACGAGGCCGAGGUCGACGAGUAUCAUCCAAAGGCGACCAGGACCCUGUUCAUCGGCAACCUUGAGAAGGACGUCACCGCGUCCGAGCUUAGGAAACAUUUCGAGCCUUUUGGCGAGAUAAUAGAAAUAGAUAUUAAGAAACAAGGCGCGGUAUCGAGCUAUGCCUUCUGCCAAUACUCCGACAUAGGCAGUGUCGUCAAAGCUAUGCGAUCGAUGGACGGCGAACACCUGGGUGCGAAUCGAAUAAAACUCGGAUUUGGAAAGUCGAUGCCCACGUCCUGUGUAUGGGUUGACGGUAUCGGAGAUUGUAUGUCGGAAAAGUACCUGAACAUGCAGUUCCAUCAGUUCGGACCGAUAAAUCAGGUGGUCGUCGAUCGCGAACGAGGACAUGCCUUGGUCUUCUUCGAACAGAUCAGCUGCGCUCAAGCCGCCGUGAAGGAGAUGAGAGGUACCGCUCUUCGCGGCCGUCGGCUUCAGGUCGACUUCGCCUCGAGAGAGUGUCAAGAAACGUUUUACGAACAUCUGGAACGGCAGGGCAUCGCCGGUGAAAGGCCUUGGGACACUAGGCCUUCCCCGGCGACGACCUUCGAUGUCUCGAUUCCUUCCAGGCGGGAGCGCAGCAGUUUCGACUCCGGGGUAACGGUGUCGAACUCGAGUAGCCGGUUCACCCGCUACGAGACGCCCCCUCGGUCGAGAACGGCGAGUUACUCCCGCGCGUCAGGCGGCGGAAGCACGCCGGGCGCGAGCCCGGCCCACCCGACCGCGAUGUCGCGCAGCAGUAGACGCUCGUACCAGGACACGUACUACGACGGCGACUACAGCGAGCCCGCGCCCCGACGCUUCCGAAGCUAUGACGAGUUCAGCCAGGGGAGCGGGGCGAGCCACGACGACUACCAGAGCAGCGUGCUCGGGGACGGCAAGUUGAACGACGACGACUGCCCGCCCCCCUCCCGCCGCCACGCCGUGCAAAGCGUCGUGACCAGCGUCGAUCCGCCCGCCCCGCCCCCUCCGCUCCUCCCGCCCCCCGACAUAAGGCACCUGCAGAAGGAGCGGGUCCACCUGUUGGAGCAGCUCGAGGAGUGUCACAGCAGCGGGGACGAGGUCGGUUUCGCGCCCAAGAAACGCGCCAAGCUCGACGGGGCCGGGUCCACCACGGCCAUACUCUGCGAGGACGACGAGCCCGAGAUCGCCUCGUUGCUGGUCACCUCACACUCGAGCAGGAAAGGCAUGGACAUACGGCGAGUAAGCGACGGCAAGGUAGUCAUACACCAUAGCACGAGGAGGGGUAGCUGCGAGGGUAGAGGGCCGGGGCCUUGCAAGCGGCGUCGCGAUGUUGCGAACAGGCAUCACGAGCAUCACGACGGAUCGCGGCCAGGGACGCCGUUGGUGGACGAGAGGCCGGAGAACUUGGUGCCGAGCGAGCCGAGGCGGUUUCGGGAGAGGAGCCACGACGGCCCUUUGUCGUUGCCGUUGCCAAGGUUCGCUGCCCAAAUGUUGAGUAACAACAACAACAGCAACAGCAACAACAACAACAAUAACAACAGCAACAACAACAGCAGCAGCGGCGGCGGCGGCGGCAUCAACAGUAACAGCGGCGGCCGACCGAGCGGCAACAACUCGAGCCUCGCCAAGAUGAGCAGCCCGCCGUGCGCCAAUCUGUCCACGGCGCCCAGUCCCCGCACGGCCCCCCAGCCCCCGGCUUCCCCCCCGCCGCGCCAUCCCAGCCCAAGCCCGACGAGCUCGGACAGCGAGACGGCCCCCCAAUCGCCCAGCCUCGAGGAAAGGAUACGCUCCCUCGACGAGAAGUACGAGAAGUGGUCGGGGUCGAGGGCGUUGAGCGCCGCCGGCGGCGACGCCCUCGCCAAGCUCGACGCGACCGCGUCCGAGAGGUUCAGGUUUCGCCACAAGUUGCUCGACCUGGAUCUGCACGAGGUGCAGCCAAGCGACAUAGUGAAGUCGGUCCUAGCGAAGAGGAGCGUGUUCGACGAGGACUCGAAGCGUUUGGAGAAUUUCAGCGAGAAGUACGAGCCGAGAGAGUUCACGGGCGUGAUAGGCGUCGGCUCGAUGAUGGCCGCCACCGCGGCCGGCCUCGCCUCGAGCGCCGCCUGUACCGGCAAAGUCUGUCUGCAGUAUCCGUUUCCUAGUCACCCGCCGGUACAACUGUCAACGUCCGCGUCCGUCACCAGCCAAAUCGUCGCGACCACGACCACCGCCACCGCGACCAUCAUCACCUCCCUCCCCUCGAGUUCAAGCUUGUCGAAGGCCGCCGACCCGAGGACGGCAAGCGCGCAGCACAACUGCGUGCACCCAACGCCUACCGCGCCGGUAACACCCGGCACCUCGGUCAAGACUGUCAGCCCCGAGUUACCACCCGUCUCGUUACCGACGAUCGGUAACGGAACUGCAGCCAACAAUAGUAAUAGUAGUAGCGGCGGUUUAGCCAGUAGUGUUCUUAGCGGCAACGGUAGUAGCGCGAGCGGUGUUCUUGGAGCGUCCACCGCGCGAGGAUUGGCCAGUAGUAGCGGCACGGCGACGUGCUCCACGACCACCACCACCACCACCACCACCUCCACCUCCACGACGACCGUCUCGACGACGACAACCGUCUCCUCCGCCGUUACACCGUCGAGCAACAACAAUGCUCAGACUUCCACCGUCUGCUCAGGGUCGUCGUUGUCGACCACGACGACGACGACCACGACCACGACGAGUACGAGCACGACGGCGACGACGACGGCGACGACGACGACGACGACUGCCAUGGCGACGACGUCGUCGUCGACGUCCAUUGUCGCUUCCUCCACGAUCCCUUCCUCCAUCACCACCACGUCCUCUUCCACCUCCUCUUCCUCUUCCUCUUCCUCUUCCACCGCAUCGUCCCUGUCGUCGUCAUCCUCGGAGAGCUCGCGCUCCAGGCCGAGGAAAGAGGUGGGCGGCAGCCGCGAGGGCAGAGACGGUUCCAAGUACAGCGGCGGGAAGAGCGGGAAGGAUUGCCAGAGGAAGUCGAGGAAGGAGGAGAGCUCUGCGGAGGCGGAGAGGAGUCAACGUAACAAGGAGCGGGGGGAGGAGAAGGACGCGGGGACGGCGGGGAGCGAGGUCGGAGACAGCGAUAAUAGCGGGCAUAACGCGUUGAGGGAGAGCAAGGAGAUGGCUCGUUACGAGAGGAAGGAGAGGGAGGAGAAGGAGCGGAGGGAGAAGGAGGAGAGGCGGGAGAAGGAGGAGGAGAGGAGGGAGCGGGAGAGGCUGGAGAGGGAGCGGCAGGAGAGGGAGAGGAGGGAGCGGGAGGAGAAGGAGAAGGAGCGGGCCGAGCGGGAGAGGAGGGAGCGGGAGGAGAGGGAGAGGCGGGAGCGGGAGGAGCGGGAGAGGAAGGAGCGGGAGGCGCGGGAGAAGCAGGAGAAGGAGAGGGCGAGGAAGGAGAGGGAGGAGCAGGAGAGGCGGGAGAAGGAGGAGAGGGAGAGGAGGAGGGAGGAGAAGGAGCGGGUCGAGAGGGAGAGGAAGCGGGAGAGGGAGGAGAAGGAGAAGGAGCGGGUGGAGAGGGAGCGAAGGAAGGAGAAGGAGGAGCGGGAGCGGGCGGAGAAGGAGAAGAGGGAGAGGGAGGAGAGGGAGAGGGUGGAGCGGGAGAAGCACGAAAGGGAGAAGAGGCGGGAGCGCGAGGACCAGGAGAGGCGGGAGAAGGAGAAGUCCGAGCGGGAGAAGAGGAGGGACAGGGAGGAGAAGGAGAAGGAGAAGAGGAGCAGCCGGGAGGAGGAGGGGAGUAGGCGACAACCCACCGAGAAUCACGUUCAUCAAUCCGCCUCGCAAUCGCAAAAUCAAAUAUCACCAGCCCCGGUGUCCAUCAAGCGGCGGUGCUCGUCGCAGGAUGGGCCGCCCGAGGAGGAGGCGAAACGGAUGAAGAUCUCCGAGCACAGGAGGGACAGCAAAGACCGGCCUAGACAGUCGAACAGGAGGUCGGAGGAUCGAAAACACCGGAACGAUUCUCACAGGUCGAGCCGGGAGAGCAGGGAGAGCCGGGACAGCAAGGAGAGCCAGGGAUCUGGCCAAGGGUCCCAGGACAACGGUGGCAGGGAGCAGCAGCAGCAGCAGCAGCAUGGUGGCGGUGGAGGCGGAGGUGGGGGCGGCGGGGAGGCGAACAGCAGGGAGAGUCAACGGGAGAACAGCCGGGAGACUAGCAAGGAGAAGCAACGAAGCAAGAGGAAUCGUUCGGAGAAGGAGUCGAGGGAACGGAGCCCGAGGGUGUCGCACGAGUCGGAUAAAGAGUUCCUAUCGAGACUGGACAUCUCGAAGCGCAAUGAUUCCAACUCGCCGAGCGAGCAGGCUGCGGUCGGUUCGAAUCAUUCGCGAGAAAUGCAGCAGCAGCAACAGCAGCAGCAACAGCAGCAGCAGCAGCAACAACAGCAGCAGCAGCAGCAGCAACAGUCUUCCAUGAAUCUGCACAGCGACGUGGACGAUGGCCCUUUAUCGACUCACGACAUCCAGAUGGCCAGACAUCCGUCCGCCACUACCGACACGGACAGCGACGAGCCGAAGAAACACUCGAUUUUCGACAUAGUCGACGAUGAACCCGCUUACAUCAGCAUGUACGACAAGGUGAAGGCACGCUCGACGAAGAACAUGCAGAAACUGGAGGAGGAGAAGCGGCAAGUGCGGCUGAAGGACAAGUUCUCUCAGUUGAAGCAGAGUCGAGCGAGGAGGGAGGAGAAGAAGCAGAGCACCUCGUGGGACGGCGACUCGGUGUCGAGCAAGGCUUUGACGGAGGAUGAGGCGACCUCCGAAUCUGACUCGGCCAGGGCCAAGUCUUUGUCGAGGAAGAGUUCCAGAUCCCGAAUUCACUCUGAUACCAGCGAGGAGGAGGAGUCGUUCAACAACAAGAUUCGAAAGGUGGUGAAGACCGAGAGGUUCUUGGAGAGCGACGUCGACCUCGGAUUCGCCGAUACGGAGGAGAAACACAAUUCUCUGGAGACGGCGAACGUGGUAGUGAAUAGCGUUCACUCGAACGUGAAGGAAGAACCUCGCACCUCGGACGACGACGAAAGAGUUCCCGUUGCUUUCCGUGGCAAUCACCCGGCGAUCGUGGUCAACAAUCACGAGCGCGACUCCCGUAAAAAGUCGCACAAGAAGAAGCAAAAGCGGCAAAAGAACUCGAUAUCGAACGAGGAGAACAGCUUGAAAACCGAGCCGUCGGAAACCGUGGCCGAGCACAAGAACAAGUCGAACACCGUGGCGAGCGGCAACACGGAUUGUCGACCCAAUCACACGUCCGAAUCCAUCAACGUGUCCACGACCACGACGUCCGCCGCGGCUGCUGCGCUCGAGAAUACGGAGGAAAGGAUAAGAUCGGACAAGAAGCAACGGAAUAAGAAGGACAAGAGGAGGGACAGGAACAGUGACGACAAAGCCAAAGCGAGGAGGAAGAGGUUGAACAGGCAGGAGGCUAGGGAUUCGCAACGAAUGGAGGACAUAUUCGGUCCGUUGUCGGACGACGUGGACGACGGCCCGUCGAACAAUGCUCUUUUCAAUCGGUUGGGUAACAACGCGUACGCUUCGGACAGCGACGGUGGCCACAGUCCUGGGUUGGACGUGGAGAGGGCCAGGCGAAAGGCGGAGAAGAAGCAGCGUCGCCACCAACCGGAGGACGAGAACAGCGUGGACUUGGCGGAGGCGGGGCGUGAGAUCGAGGCGAAGCUUUUAGGCCUGCCCAAUUCGCCGAAAUCGGGCGUGGCUUGUACGGAAAGCAACGACCACGAUGUGUUUCGCUUCACCGACGACAACGAUAGCGUGGAACCGUCCACGCCGUCCGCUAUUCCCGAGAAGGUGAAAGAGAAGAAGAAAAAGAGAAAAAAAUCGAAGGAAGAGCGUAGCCGAAAGGAUUACCAUCACCAUCACCACCAUCAUCAUCAUCAUCACGAGAAAAGCGGCGAAUUGCCUUAUUUGGGUGCGGAUCCCAGUCCUCCUAGGGCCAGUAGCCCUCUUGUAUCGAAAACGAUGUCUCCUACCUUACCUACACCCAGGGAUACAUUGCUGAGUCCCAUUCCGAAAGUGGUAUCCAACGUGACGACUAUGCCAUCGAUGACGCCCCCUCCCGUGGUUGGAAGUGGCAUCCAAUCGGCAAAGACGGAGAAGAAGAAGGACAAGUUUAUACCAGGUUUCGGUAUCGAGAUCGAUGAAACGAUUCAUGACAACGCGGUGAAGAGCAUCUCGGAGCCGGAGGAGCGCGAGAGCAAUUGUCAGUCGCGCGGCGGUAGGGAGGAAGCGGAGGUGAACGCAUCGACAACGCCACCUACGCAAACGGAGGACAAGCCACGAGUCGCCAUCUCUCAGGAAGAGACGGAGGACGCAGUCGCUGCCCUAUUGGAGGAGACUUUCGGUGGAUCGACGGAAGAUUUCUCGUACGAGGGUGAGGAAGAGGACGCGGAGGCGGAAGACACGGUCGGAGCGACGGCCGAGGCGCCUCAAGAGGAUGUCGAGGAGAUGCAACAGGCCGUGGAAAGUUUGAACGCUUCGACGGGAGAGGGGGAAACCGAUAUGAAACCCGACACUCCUCAAAGCGAGCACGAUCUGCAGAUAGACACGGAUACGGAAGAGGAUCCCAACUACGAGACGUUCGAUUUGACGCAACCUCCCAAAACGCCAGACAUUCCAUCUUUCUACAAAUCGCCCACGAAAACCAUCAACGCUAUCGCGCCUCCUCUGGCGGCGACGACGGAGAAGACCAUCGAGUCGCGAAUCUCGUCCAUACCCGUGAAAUCGCAGAGUCCACCGCCGACCUCCGUGAUCGCGCACUCGUGGAACUUGAACGAGAAGCCGCGAGAAAUAGCGAAAACCGUGCAAGCGAUGGAAACCGUGGAGACAAACGUGACCGCGGCCAGCCCGGAGAGGAUUAACUCGCAGCAGGCGCGUCGAGCUUCGACCUCGCCACCUCCUCAAUACAAACAGCCAGUCUUAGGCCCGUGCAGUGUACCGAUUACCAGUGAAACUCCUAGAAUAGCCGCCGUCAGUCCUAGGCCACCGCCGAUCAGUGUGCAGUCCUUGUACCAGAAGUUGCCCGUUUCGCCGCAAUCUCAGAUGGUACCCAUGCGACAAACCUCUCCCCGAAUGCAGAACAUCCCCGCCGUCUCGACAUCAGCCUCCUCGAAUCAGACUCCCCUCCCACCUCUGGUUCCAUCCAGAAUGCCGCCAUUGGUGCCGUCGCAAUUGUCGCCGAGAAUCCUGCAACCGUUGUCACCCAACGGGCAAUGGUCUCGAAAUUCGGCGCUCAGCCCGCACGUACCGAGCGUCGGUAAACCGUCUCCUCCGCCGGCAAGGAUAGCGGUGAGCGUGCCCGUUUCGGCGCACAGACCGGAAGCACCCGCGCAACAGAUUUAUUCAACGGCUGCCACCCAGCAACCCGUCAUUCAACACGCUCCUGGAAUGAGAGCUCUGGCGCCUAGUCAUCCGAGAGGAGGCUUGCCACCUCUCACGCUCAAUAUCCCACACCGUCCUUACAUGUCUGUACCGCCGUUGGCUCCGGGUGUACAAGUGAAAAGCUCGAGGGAUUCCACCCUGGGUGGGAAAUCCGUGAUUGAGACGUUACUUCCGGUAAAUCCUAACGAGCCCCCCCAGCGACUCGAGGAACCGAAAUUAUCGCCAGCUGUUAUUCCAGAGCCCACGAACAAGGCUUCCACCUCGCCAAAAGUUCCGUCGCCGAAUCAACCGCCCACGUAUAUUCCCGAGACGGCGAAGAUCGAGAUAAACGCCAGUACGUCGAGCCCAGUGUUCGGCAAACCGACCAACAUCUCGGACACUUGCUCCUUGUCGUCCAGAAAUCAGAAACAAAUUUCAGGCGCCAUAACGACGGAUGGUAAUCUGUUGUCCCCGAGGCAGAAGCAAGAAAUUUCGAGCCUUCAACUUUUAACUACUCAUGUGCCACGCUCCUCAACGCCGAGCCCUGUGAUAGUCAGUCACGGACAAUCUCACCUAGUCCACAAGUCUGUGGUGCAUACUAUCGGUGCAUCCACCGUCUCUUCGGCCAAUCAACCAUUGAUCAAGACGGUCGUACCCAUAGUUUCGCAGCAGAUCGCGUCCACGGUACCCGUUUCAGUAUCCGAAGAGAAAUGCAUCAUCGCGCAGGCGUCGUUACCUCUUAGCACGAGCAAGAGGCACUCGCCGAUAAUGCAGAGCAGUCAGUUGUCGAAGCCUCAUAUACCAUUAGUAUCCACGGUGUCGCAAGCGAUUAUAGCUAGAACUGUACCAUCCACGGUAUCCACGACGGUGUCGUCGCCACCUAUCAACACCGAGCAAACGACCACCGAGUGCGUGGAAUCGCGACUAUCUUCGGACCAAGAGCUGGAAGUGGAUCCCGACGUACAGAUGGCGCAAACGGCGCAGCCCAUGCAACUUACUCCGCCCAUACAACCUACACAACCUAUGGACAUUAUAAAAGAAGAACCGCCCGAAAUUUCGAAACGAGAAGACACCACGAUAAAAGAGGAAUCGCGCAGCGAGGAAUCGGAACGUCCGUUGAAUCAACCAAUCUGUACCAACGUGGACGUGAAUAAUCUUACCAAGGUAGAGUCACAGGAUCUUGUCAAAUCGGAAAAAUUAUUAUGCACGCCGAAAUGUGAAUCUAACGAUAACAAUCUUGUCCCGAAAAUGGAAAUCGAGCCCUCCUCGGUUAAGUCAGAGUCCGCGAGCAACGAGAUCAAGGAAGAGGAGGCCGUGAAAGAGAACGAGGAAGCGGAUAUGGACGAGGAACCGGCGGAGGAUCCGUUGAAAGAACCGAGCACGGAUCCGCUCGCCAUCGACGUGUCUAAAGAGGAUCCAACGGAUAGUAAGGAGGACAGUGAUUAUUGGUCGGCCAAAGAAGUGAAUAUCGAGAGCGUGAUAAAGAAAGUGGACGCGUUGUGCGAUGGCGAGGGCAACGACGGUGACGAGGAAACGCAACAUGAACAAAACGCCAGUAACGAGACGCAAGAGCAACCGAAAUCCAAUGAAUCUGAAUGGUUCAACGCCGAGGUAACCGAAACCGAGAGCAAGAAGAACUUUACGGCGAACGAUGAUCAAGAUGAGGGCGUGGAAACGUGCGAAAGUGAAUCUACGAAGAGUCGUCGUGGUAGAACAAAGAGCAGACGUGGAGGAGGUAGCCGAGGUGGAGUAACCACCAGGCGAAGCAGUAGAAAUACCGCUACAGUGGUGCAUAAACGCGGAGCGAGAACUCCUAGAGGAAGCAAACAUCACGUGGAGAAGAACAAAUUGCCAGCUGACGUUUACGAGUUUCACGAUGACAGUGAGGAAGACAAUGCCGGACGGCCACGAUUGAUUCUAACGAUCAAGUCGCCAGUACCGAAUUUAUCCGGCCCCAAUGCGCAACCAGCGACACCUAUUGCUGCAGUGAAGGAAGUACCGCCAGAAGAGUUUGUCCCUCCAGCGGCGAACACGAGAAAGUCGAGGAGAUUGGCCGAGAGGGAUGGAAUUAGAAACACGAUCGACGAUGUGAUCGAAGAUGUUGUUCGUGGUUCCGCGGUGAAUAAGAGUGUGUUAGGAGGAUCUGGUAAUGUUCAUGCUACUAGACGAAGUACUAGGCACAACAAUUCGCCUCGUGUACAGGCCGCGAUGCAAUUGACUGAACCUAGAAAGUCGCCGAGAAGCAUGCGCGGUAAAUCUGCGCGGAGAACAUCCGAGAACGACGAUGACGAAGAGUAUCGUGAAUUGAUGAAAAUGAAGGAAACACCAUCCAUACCUCAAGAACUUCAAAACAAAGAGGAGAAUGUUCCAACUCCGGAUGAAACUCCAAAAGCGGAGGAGACCACUCAAACUAUACCAGAACCAACGCAGAAACCAGUUUCUCAUGAACCGAUGACGCUGAUAGAUCCGGUGACUGGAAUGUUGAUACCGAUGAGGGAGUCGGAGGAAGGUCAAUACAUUCCAGUUUCUACGACCUCUGGACAGACGCAAUCUGUAAACAGAAACGCGUGCGAGUCCAGAACUGCCCCAGUAAUGAUGGCGAAUACUGUUCCUAACACGAGUGGAGUGUUAAGACCGAAACCACCUCAACCAGAAAAUCUAAGUAUUUCCGAAGAGCCGAAAAAGGAACAAGUUCAAGAACCGAGCCAAAAUCAACAGAUUCAACCACAGACCAGCGUUAUAACGAAACCACAAUCUCCGGUAGUUCAAGUAACCUCUACGGUCAGUAUAAUUCAAUCAGCGACAACUUCCACCACAGUUACUUCUGUGGCUACAACAACGGUGGCGAUGCCAACGACAUCUACCUGCUCAACUCAGUCGAAGCCUACGAGCCUCAAGGCUCAUGUAUUAAAUGCCAGUAAAUUAGCUACACCAGUGCAACAACAAGUGGUGAUCACGAAACCAGCAACUCCUAGCGUGCCUAGCCAAUCGGUUGUGCAGAACAUCGUAAAAUCCACUCAACCGAUGCAAGGUCUACACUUACAAGUGUCCAGUAAUAGAGUGGUCUCGCCGAGUUUGAGCCCACGCAGCAAACAAACACCACAAAUUAGCGCGGCGAAUGGAAAAAGUCAAGGGCAGCCUAUGUCACCGGUUCUCAACAAUACUGGUGUUCCACCGAAUCCGAAACAACAUCUCUUACAAGCGGCCAAACAACAAACAUCCGCGAUAGUGAAUCUUCCUUCUCAAAAAUUACCCAUGAACGUCCAUCCAGCUAAUGUAACUACAACACCUACCCCAAGAAUCCAUCAACCUGUUUCCCAACCAACAGCAUUAAAGGCUAUUAAUGGCCAGCCACAUCCUCUGAAUCCAAAAACACAUUUGUUGCAAGCAGUGGUGCCACCAAUGGUCACAGGUGCAGUGGCCAGUCCACCUACUCAACCUCACAUGUUGAAUCCACAACCCGCAAAUGUGAGCUGUUCACGACCUCCAGCACCAAAACCAUCAGUAACGGGAACAAUGGAACCACCGAAAGUAGAAGUAUCAAUGUCUGGCUGUAUUAUGGUUCCAACUGCUAGUCCUCAAGCUCGAGGGGUACCAAUAUCAACUUAUGAAGGGCCAUUGCAUGGAAGUGCGGGUGCUACUCCAUCACCAGGGGGCCAAUAUGGACUUGUCCCCCCACAUCGAUCCCAGAGUCCUCCAUUGCCUCCACCUGCCCAUCAUCAUACUAAUGCUUCUCAGGGUGACGUUGUAAACCACUUUGGAGGUUUAGCAAGAGGAGCAGAGAUACCACCUCAUUAUAUGCAUCCGCAAAUGCUGCAAUAUCAGUACCUUCGUGCACAACAAGAGGCAUUGACAGCUCCACGGAUAUAUCACAUUCAAGAAACUCGAUCUCCUCAUUUACCAUUAGAUCCUAAACUUGAAACAGGCAUAGAAGACAGUCACAGUCCACCAUUGGAAUUAAGACGUAGCGCAAGAACACCCCAAGAUCGGACUACUGAUAGUCCUCAAGUAGCUCAAGUGUACAUGAUGCAUGGAACAGUGAGAUUGCCACCACCACCGCCGCAAUAUAAUGCUGGUAGUAAUCCAUCUUUAACUGGUGCGCCAACAGCUGCCAGAGGUGGUUUUUACGAACCUCCACCGGCGCAUUUGCGUUCUCAGUAUCCUAUCGCUGCCAGUGAAGCGCCAAGUGACAGAGCAAUUACACCAGAUAGGCCUAGAAAACACCAAGUAGUCACUCCACCUCAUGCUUCUCAAGUGCCACCACAAGCAGACUCUUUUCAAAUGUUAUUGCAACGUUAUCCAGUUAUGUGGCAAGGACUAUUGGCUCUUAAAAACGACCAAGCAGCAGUACAAAUGCAUUUCGUUUUUGGUAAUCCCAAUGUGGCAAGGGACAGUUUACCGUGUAAUAGCGAUGGCUCUACUCCACCAUUGAGAAUCGCUCAGAGAAUGAGAUUGGAACAAACUCAGGUCGAAGGAGUAGCGAGGAAAAUGCAGAUGGAUAAUGAACACUGUAUGCUCCUCGCUCUUCCUUGUGGUCGAGACGAGGUAGACGUACUACAACAAAGCAAGAACCUCCAAACCGGAUUUAUAAUGUACCUACAGCAAAAACAAGCUGCUGGAAUUGUUAACAUCGCUGCACCAGGAUCACAGCAACCUGCGUAUGUAGUUCACAUUUUCCCAUCGUGUGACUUCGCAAACGAGAGCUUGGCGCGAAUCGCGCCGGAUUUAUUGCACCGUGUCGCAAAAAUCGCUCAUUUGCUCAUCGUUAUUGCCACCGUUUGAGGCCAGCCAGUGGUCUAUUGGAUUACAAUCUAUCUAUAUUUCUCGCCUUCACGCACUUGUAGGACACUUCGCACGUGGCAUGAAGCCUGGAGUGUCCUCCCGACGAAGUGCAGUAUCGUACAACAAACGAUGAGAGUAUUUCCGAGGGAAUGAAAUGUUUCUCCUCUGGAGUUAUAUCAGUGACAAUCAAACGGAUUCUUUUGCGAAUCGUGCCGACCUUCUAGAUCGUAGGCCUAAAACGUAGGUACGGGGUUGUGUAACGUAAGAGAGGCUAGCACGGUCAAUGUACCAACAUCACCGAGCGUGUCUUUCUUCUCCAGUUUAAUUUGCGGUGACGAGUUCCAUUCCAUAUGGAAUGAUUCGUAGUUCGCUCAUCACUGAUGACGUUUGUGAGAUCGACCGACAUCACUCUUGGUCUUUCUGACAAGCGGAUCAGGCACAACCCCAAUCCUUAGUGAAGACCUUCGAUUGAUAAAAAAAAACCACGCGAUGUCCUCACUGUGAAAAGAAAAGAUAAAGGGAGAAAAAGAAAAAAGAAAAAAAGAAAAAAAAAGAAGGAACAGAAAACUCACAAAGCUCGUCCCUCCUCUAGGAAAACAGUAAAAUAAUAUACUACCGUUACUCUAGAUGGACAGUCGAUUUCAUAAGUAAAAGGAUAGCAGAAGAUUAAAAAAAAAAAAAAAAAAAACUAACGUACCCUACCACUAUAAUACACGAGCUAUUUUAAGUAAGGCUUAGAUAUUAAUGAUACUGUAUAAAUUAUAAGCGAGCCAGCGAGGGCAUAACUACUGUGAUUUUAAUUAUUUAACGAUAUAUAUCUGCGUAAAGACGAAGAAAACAAAAAAAGUAAAACAUAAAAUAGUGACCGAUUCUGGUCCACGCGGUAUGUGAUGUGUUUUUUGUAUAAUAUUGCUCUAUAUAAAUACCUAUGUAUUAUAUUACCUGUAACAAUAGUUGCUGCUGCCGCUGUUGCUGCUGCUGCUCGUAUCGAACUAGAAAGUAAAGUUACGAUCUAGACUUCUAGUGAAAAAAAACAUGCAAAAGGACUAUCUAAAAUAGUGUUUAUCCUAGUGUAAUAUAAUUUCCCAUAGCAGGAUGUAACAUAUUAUUAUCAUUAUUAUCAUCUUAGCACUAUGUACAUUAUAAACAAAUUUUUAAUAUUCUUAUUUUGAUUCUUUAUUACUAUUAUAAUUAUUAUUCAUUUUAUUAUUAUUAUUAUUAUUAUUAUUAUUAUAUCAUCACCAUUAUCAUCAUUAUUGCUGUCAUCAUCAUCACUAGUAUGGCUAUCAUUAUUAUUAUAUUAUCAUUAUUACUAUUAUUAUCAUUAUUGUGUUAUUAUUACUUAUUAUUAAUUACUACUACCACUACUGCUACUACUACUAUUACUAUUAUACUAUUAUCACCACUAUUACUACUAUUAUUAUUAUCACUAUUCUACUACUACUAUUAUCGCUGCUAUCAAUUAUUAUUAACGUUAUUACAUCAGGCUAGUUAGAACGUACCAAUCAGCAUAUUAAAAAAAAAAAAAAAAAAAAAAAGAAGAAGAAAGGGGCUCAAAAGUAUGUCAUAUUGGACGAAUAGGAUACAGUAUGACCGAUCUCAUUGACCAUUGACGUCGCCCCGUUCUGUACACUUCCAUCCCCAUUUCUCUUAUCCUUUAUCGCCUUCUGCGCGAUGUGUCAUAGACUCUUUAGCAAUCGUAUCGAGGAUAAUAAUGCGCUUACGUGUAUAGACCAGAAGUUAUAUUAUAUCACACGGAGCCGUGAAUGAAAAAAAAAAAAAAAAAAUACAUUA